AUGAAGAGAAGAAAAAAUAAGGAAUCAUUUCAUCAAAUAUUCCCUGAUUGUGUACAGAAUGUAUUAAAUAAUCUGCUGCAAAGAAUUGAGGAUGGUAGUGUUCCAUUACUGCAAUUAUUACAUGAGAAACUUAGGAAACAGUUAUAUAUAUCUCAAGGUGAUAUACUAUCUGAACUUGUUGAAAAAUACAAGCUGUUAUCAACACAAGAUAUAACAAAUGAUGAAAUAGAAACUGAAUUAAAUGAAAUAUUUGAUGGAAGUUGCAGCCGUUCAUGCCUAGUACUGGGGCGUCCAUGUGUAGGAAAGACUUAUGCUUUAUCUUCAUAUUUAGCAAAAAAAAAACUCAAAGUCUCAGAUUCUUUAUUAAUAGUAAUACGUGUAAAUUGUAUUCACUACGAUGAUAACUCCCUAUUAUAUACAAUACUUCAAAGAUUGAAUGAAUAUUUUCCAACUCAGAAGAAAAUGUUCUCUGGUCACCAAAAAAACUUUGUCCUUAAAGAAAAGUUAGUUGAUAUCUCUAAAUGUGGUUAUACAGUUGUAUUUAUUCUUGAAAAUAGCGAAUCUAUGAUAUUUGGAAAUUCAAAUACAGAAGACUUAAGUGUAAACUUUGUUGGUCAAUCUAUGAGGCAGAUGGCCUUGUAUACACUAGUUGAUACUAUGCAUUCCUCUGAUGUAAACUUGAUUUUAAUAUUAACCAGCUCAAUGUUAGAUAUACCUGAUUAUUUUGAAAAAAGAGUCAAGAGCAGAUUAUCCCAAAGAAGAAUUUUAGUUGAAUCAUUUCAUAAUUACAAUGAGAGAUACAAAUUAGACUCAACAUUAAAAAGUAUUGAGCAACUUCUUUUUCUAGAUUACUCUAAUAAACAUGAAAAUAAAAAUAUAUUAAGCUUGAAAAAUAUUUAUAAUCAAUCAAUAAGGCAAUUAUUUGCAGCAUUUUACUCUAAUACUUCUUUGGAAUAUGACAAUAUCUUAAAAAAGUGGAAAUUCAGUCUAGAUUGUGAUUUGGAUCCAUCUUCAAUUAUUGUACGCUUUGCUAGUGCAUUUCUUUCAAUAACUCCAGGAGACUCAGUUAUAUCUCAGGUACAAAAUAUUUGCAGUACUUUUUACCUGCAAGAGGCUAUAGAAUUAUUUCAACCAGUAUCACAUUACUCCAAUUCAAAUAAUACUUUUAACUUUAUGAGCCAAGAAAGCGUUAAGAUCAAAUUAAUGGAAGAACUAUGUAUUAUUGAGCAUAUCUUAUUAAUAGGAAUCGUUAAAUUAAUAAAUAAUGAAAGUUCAGCUAAGACAUUCAACUCUUUAAUGGAUGAAGUAAACAUAAUGAAGACCUAUUUAUUAUCUAGUGAAUGUUCUGCAGUAGCGUUCAAUUUCGAUAUUUCCGAGAAUUCCUAUAGAACUUCAUUUCUAAGAUUACUCAACUUAGGAAUUUUGGAAGUUGAUUUGAGCAGCAAGUUUCCAACUAUUCCUGAUAUAGCUGGGGACUUUACUAGCAUAAAAUUUCCACUCCAUAAUAUAUAUAGUAAAUUAUUGCAAAAACUCAAUAUUCCAACAGUAUUACAAUUUUGGAUUCAAAAUAAAAUAAUCAAAUAA